AUGGUGCCCGUGCGUUGCACCAGAUCGCCUUCAACGGCUCGAUCCUUCAUCAACAUUGCCAUCCGCAGAUAUUCCUCAACCACGGCGUCGGCUCAAAAAUCGUCGCCACCCCUCGACUUUCUUGUCCCACGCUGGGCGCCAUCUCCCAACAUACGAACGGCCGUUCCGCAGUCCUAUAAGCUGGUCGUACGGCAUGACUCGAGGCGAGCGUUUGCCACGACGAUCCCCAGACCGACAACGGUUUGCGUUAAAAACCCUGUCAAGGAUGAGGAUGGCAGCGAGAUGAUGCUUGAAAUCACCCCCCGCGCAGCAAAGCGCCUAUCCCAAAUCAUGACCAAGGACGAAAACCCCAACCUUGCAUUACGAAUCCAAGUCGAAAGCGGCGGUUGCCAUGGAUUUCAAUACCUCAUGAGCCUCAUUACUAUCCCGCCCGGGGAACUUCAGAACAAUUCCUCCGUCGUCAAUGAGGACGAUACGAUUUUUCAGUUCGUUGCGGAUGAUGCAGGCGCUGCACCCACCCCAGAAGGAGCAAGGAUCAUUCUCGACGAGCCAUCCUUGGAUCUCCUGAAGGGAAGUAAGGUCGACUUCACACAGGAGCUCAUUGGUUCGCAGUUCAAGAUCGUUGACAACCCUUAUGCGACGAGUAGUUGCGGAUGCGGAACCAGUUUUGACAUCAAGAUGUAG